AUGAUGUCGAAGCUCAAGGAGUCCUUGGCCGGUCCAGGGUACGUGAUAUUGAACGCCAUCCGCGUCCUCAAUAUCAUCGUCUUCCUUGAUAUCAUUGCGUCCUGUGCCGUCAUGCUGGUCAAGAUCAACAUGCGCAACGGCUUCUUCUUCUUCCAAGCCGUCACGCAUGCAGUUGUCGCGCUGAUCAGCAUCGCUCUCAUCAUCUCCGAGCUCCCCUUCUUCCGAGGCUUUUUUAACCGCCGAUGGCCCAUGUUUGGCGAAGAUGCAGGCUUCAUUGCCCUGGCGGCAAUCAUGAUGAUCCUGGGUGUUGCCAUGCUGGGCAAUCUGAACACAGAGGCCAUGAGCCAGAAGACUCUUGGCCUAGCAUUCUGGAGAAUCGUCAUCUCCGCCGGCAUCCUGGCCAUGGUUAUGAGUGUCGUGAAUAUCCUCGCGACCUUCAUCUUCACCGACCGCAGCCGGGGUGUCAGCGCGCGCCACGUCCGACAGUACGGGGCUGUCGCUCCGCAAAAGGUGGUGAGUCGAGCCAGCAGCAGCCGGUCCUUCCAGCCCAGUCUGAAGCGUGAAGACUCCCUCCCAACAUACACGCCGCAACCAGCCUUCAAGCGGGCCACCAAGCGCUUCACAGCACGCUUCCCCAUCAAGAUCUCAAGCCCCAUGAAUCCCACCAGCAACGGCAAGAGUCUGAACGCGCCUCCCACAAACGAUGCCGCUUCGUCCAGGUACUCGCGGGACUCGGCGGGCGUCACGAUCCCGGACAUGGCACACCACCCGGCUAUCACGCCCCCAGACUUGACACACCACCCGGCUAUGUAUGGAUCCACACAGGUCUAA